AUGCCUCCCCCUUCCGUCCUCGCUCAAUGCUCCAGCACACUCUGGUGCAUCAUCCGCUCUCUACCCCUCUGGACCGUCGUCCUCGUCGUCCUCCUCCUCGGCGCAGCCCGCCAGCUCGUGUUCCCGAGCAUCAAGUCCGCCGAUAAGAAGCGAGCGCCGCCGCCCUCACCGCAACCGCAUCGCAAAACUCCCUGA